GGAGACGUUAACACCCUCUGGUAAAUCUACUGUAUGACUGUUUCACCAAUCAGACGCAGCAGGAAUUAUCACAGGACUCCAUUUGACCAAUCAGCCGUGGUAACAAUAACCACAUGUGGUCACAUGACCACACCCAAACCGGAUCUUCAGCUGGCAUCCCUGGCAUAAUACAUCUCCUCUCCAGGUGAUCUUUCCUGAAACAGAGAGAUGAAAUCAGCAGAGAAACUCAUCAUCAUUUGUUUUCUGUUUAAAGCUGUUUUGUGCAGUAAAUUCUCCAUCAGUCUACCAGGGAGUGUAGAAGCUCUGAGAGGACUCUGUGUUCUCAUACCCUGCAGUUUUCAGAUUGACGGACAAUAUGACACACAGCUCCAGGGAGAUACUACAGGAAUCUGGACAAAAGACAGCACUGACCAUCAAACAAACACAGUCUUUAACUCUAAAAUCCCUGAACAGAACAAGAUUAAAGGUGAAAUUAUAGGAGACCUCCGCAUGAAGAACUGCACCACUGUCUUCUACAACAUCAGUGAGAGUGACAGAGGAGAUUAUUACUUUAGAAUAGAAACUCCAGGAACACUGAAAUACACUUAUAAUUCUCCAUCAGUAUCUGUAAGAGUGAGAGACUCAAUAAGACUGUAUAAGGAGGAUCAGGGGGAGGUGGAGGACCUAAAUGAGGUGAUGGAGGGAACUUCAGUGAGGAUCAUUUGCUCUGCUCCAUCUCCUCCAUGUCUCUUAAAGUCUUCCACUGUUAAAAGGAACUUCCUGCCUGAGGAGAGAAGACAGGAGCAGAACCACAACACCAGCUUCAGCUCCCCUCAGCUGAACUUCAACGCUACUCACCUGCAUCAUGGACAGGAUUUCACCUGCACUGCCACCUACUGGCUCCAGAACAAAACUAUAUCAGUACAGAGCUCUCUUACACUCCAUGUUCUGUAUGGUCCUAGAAACACAUCAGUAUCAGCAUCUCCAUCUGCUUCAGUAGUUUUGGGCAGUUCAGUGUCUCUGAGUUGCAGCAGUGAUGCAAACCCAGCAGUGCUGAACUACACCUGGUACAGAGAGAACGGAGAGCAGAUAGGAACCGGAGACCAUCUCACCAUCAACACCACUGAUUCUACACACAGUGGUUUAUACUACUGUAGAGCUCAAAACCAGCAUGGAGAUCACAACUCAUCUGUCUACCUGGAUGUGCAGUAUGGUCCUACAAACACAUUAGUAUCAGCAUCUCCAUCUGCUUCUGUGGUUUUGGGCAGUUCAGUGUCUCUGAGUUGCAGCAGUGAUGCAAACCCAGCAGUGCUGAACUACACCUGGUACAGAGAGAACGGGGAGCAGAAAGGAACUGGAGACCAUCUCACCAUCAACACCACUGAUUCUACACACAGUGGUUUAUACUACUGUAGAGCUCAAAACCAGUACGGAGAUCACAACUCAUCUGUCUACCUGGAUGUGCAGUAUGCUCCUCAGGUCUCUCCUUCCUCCAGCUGUAGCAUCACUCAGGAUUUGAUAAUGUGUUCUUGUGAGGUUCAUGGAAAUCCAUCUCCCAAACUGAAAUGGCGUCUCUCUAAUCAACAUUCUCCCACCAGCAGGGACGAGUCUGUUAACAACACAACCUUAAGAAGCUUCAUUUCCAUCAGUCAGUCAUUUACACACAUGCUCACUGUGCAGUGUGUUGGCUCCAGUAGGCUGGGCACUGACACACAGAUCUUCUACAUAAUUAAAAUGGUUCAUCACUCUGCAAAAGAACACAGACACACUGCAGGACUUUACCUGGGUCUCUCUGUGGUUCUCCUUGUGUCUCUUGGUGUUAUUGGAUUUCUCAUCUACAGAUUAAAACAAUUGUCCAGGAAAAUAAAAGUUCUAGAGGGAGGAGACACGUACGCUUCUCUCCAGCUUUCUGCUGUACAGAACUCUGAAUAUGAAACUCUGCAGACUAACAGAGAGGGAAGAGAAACAAAGAACAAAGACUGAAAAGUUUGAUUUAUUAUAAUUUUUUGUCAUGGAGUAAAAUAGUCAUUACUGAAGAAUAUUAAAUUAUAUUAAAUAUUUAGAUGUUUUAUUUUUUUAUAAUUUUAUAGUUAUAUGUGAUGCUGUGCAAAAUUGAUGGAACAAAAAAGUUUCUGUUCUUUAGAUUAGUUCUACAGGGAAUUAAUAAAGCUUGUAUGUUUGAUAGUAAAGUAGGUAAUAUACCAUUUUAAUAACUGCUAUUGAUACAGUGCAGCUCACAUAAAUAUCCGGUAUGAUUUAGCUGUAAUUGCUAUUUUACUCCCAAUGAGUCUUGUUUCUGUUUCCAUAAAGUUGUGUUGAACUUUUUGUACUGAAACUGAAUAAACAAUUCUCACUAGAU